GUCGCCGAGGGAGGUACUCGCAGAGGCGGCGGCGCUGCUGGCCGGGCCGGGGCCGCCCGUGCGCCGGGCGGUGACUCACCGGCCGGCGCCGCAGCCCCGCAAUCUGUUGAUAACUCGCUCCCAGCUCGGCCGCUGCCCUCGCGAAUGGAGAGCGGGUCCCCGGCGAGGGGAGCGCAGCGCGUCCGUCUCCAGGAGCGCGGCCCGGCGGCCCCGGCAGCCGCUUAGGCCACAGCAGAUGGGAGCAGCUCUGGGACUGCGCCCGCCCCGCCACGGUCACCCUGAGGCCCGGGCCCGGGAGCGCGACCUCCUGCCCGCCGUCUGGGACUUUGACCUUCCGGAGGCCAUGGAGGCUGGCGGGGAGCAGGGCGCGACCUGAUCGCCUCCCCCUGGAGCCUCCUCCAGCGGCGCUCACGCUUCGGUAACUUUGCAGCGCUCAUGGAUCUGAAGACAGUGCUCUCCCUGCCCCGCUACCCAGGGGAGUUCCUGCACCCCGUGGUGUAUGCAUGCACGGCGGUCAUGCUGCUCUGCCUCCUGGCCUCCGUCGUUACCUACAUCGUGCACCAGAGCGCCAUCCGCAUCAGUCGCCGGGGCCGGCACACGCUCCUGAACUUCUGCUUCCACGCAGCCCUGACCUUCACGGUGUUUGCCGGCGGCAUCAACCGCACCAAGUAUCCCAUCCUGUGCCAGGCGGUGGGCAUCGUGCUGCACUAUUCCACGCUGUCCACCAUGCUGUGGAUAGGAGUGACCGCCAGGAACAUCUACAAGCAGGUGACCAAGAAGGCCCCUCUGUGCCUGGACGCAGACCAGCCGCCGUACCCCAGGCAGCCCCUGCUCAGGUUUUACCUCGUCAGUGGAGGGGUCCCCUUUAUCAUCUGUGGGGUCACGGCUGCCACGAACAUCAGGAAUUACGGGACAGAGGACGAGGACGCGGCGUACUGCUGGAUGGCCUGGGAGCCUAGCCUGGGCGCCUUCUAUGGCCCAGCCGCCGUCAUUGCCCUGGUCACCUGCGUGUACUUCCUGGGCACCUACGUGCAGCUGCGGCGCCACCCAGGGCGCAGGUACGAGAUGCGCGCACAGCCCGAGGAGCAGCGGCGGCUGGCCACGCUCGACGGCAGCCGUGGGAUCCGGCCCAGCACCCCACCCGCACGCGAUGGCCCUGGCGCCUCGGUGCUGCAGAACGAGCACUCGUUCCAGGCACAGCUGCGCGCUGCCGCCUUCACGCUGUUCCUGUUCACGGCCACCUGGGCCUUUGGGGCGCUGGCGGUGUCCCAGGGCCACUUCCUGGACAUGGUCUUCAGCUGCCUGUACGGCGCCUUCUGCGUGACACUGGGGCUCUUCGUGCUCAUCCACCACUGCGCCAAGCGCGAGGACGUGUGGCAGUGCUGGUGGGCAUGCUGCCCACGCCGCAGGGAUGCCCACCCUGCACUCGAUGCCAACGGGGCCGCGCUGGGCCGUGCCGCCUGCCUGCAUUCGCCGGGCCUCGGCCAGCCACGGGGCUUCGGGCACCCACCAGGACCCUGCAAGAUGACCAACCUGCAGGCCGCACAGGGCCACGCCAGUUGUCUGUCCCCAGCCACCCCGUGCUGUGCCAAGAUGCAGGGUGAGCCACUGAUGGCAGACGAGGCACACAUGCACGCACAGGAGGAGGGUGCCUUCGGGCACGACCCCCACCUGCACGGGUGCCUUCAGGGUAGAACUAAGCCGCCCUACUUUAGCCGGCACCCGGCAGAGGAGCCCGAGUACGCCUACCACAUCCCGUCCAGCCUGGAUGGCAGCCCCCGAAGCUCGCGCACAGACAGUCCCCCCAGCUCUCUGGAUGGCCCGGCAGGGGCACACACGCUGGCCUGCUGCGCCCAGGGUGACCCCUUCCCCAUGGUCAGCCAGCCUGAGGGCAGCGAUGGGAGCCCUGCCCUCUACAGCUGCCCCACACGGCUGGGCAGGGAGGCAGCGCUUGGGCCCGGCCACCUGGAGAUGCUGCGGAGGACACAGUCCCUGCCCUUUGGUGGCCCCAGCCAGAACGGGCUGCCCAAGGGUAACUUGCUAGAAGGCCUGCCGUUUGGCACCGAUGGGACCGGCAACAUCCGAACAGGACCCUGGAAAAAUGAAACUACUGUGUAGGCGGAACAGGGGACACAGAGUUCCUGGAGGAGCUUCAGAGCAGAGUGGGGGGCCCAUCUGCCACAUGAGGUCACUGGGGGCACCAAAGUGACCCCACCUUUCAGAAGCAGUUCACACCCCUGCCCCCUUCCUUGUGAAAGACCUCAUUGGGGAAAAGCUCUGGGCCACGCCCACUCCUUUUGUCCCAAUUCCACAUGCUGGUCCCUGCACAAGGUCAUCUGGUUUCUGUCCUGUGGCCUCCAGUCCGGGGCGCCCCAGAAGCAGAGCAGGGGAUUCCAGCAAACGACCCACCCAGACCCCAGCGUGGCCCUGCCCGAGAUGCCCUGCUAUCCACGGAGUCCUGGCUUCCCCUGGUGUGGCCAGGCGGGGCCGAGAUUGCAGCAGGGGGCUGCCCUGACCUUUCCCAGUGUUCAAUGUGUGUGUCUUGCAUUCUACUCCAGGGGUGGUGGUGGCAGGUCUGUCCCCAGCAUUCUCACUCUGGGCAGAACCCUCGGGACCCACUGCUGUCGUGUGUCUGAGCCACUCCUGCAGCUUCACGGGACCCCUGCACACCUCUGCCCACUCAGUGUCCCUUGUCAACCCUGUCCUUGUCAUAGCCCCAGCCCUACAGGGCUGAGAGCACCACGGAUGCUGUGGGCUACAGCUGCGCUCUGGACUUUGGGGAUGGCUGUCGGCCUCAGAGGCCCAAUGGUGUGCUCUCA